AUGAAGCCGGUGUUGGUUCUCCUAGUUUCCACAGCCUGGACUUUGACUGGAGCCCAGUACUACUACCAGGGGCUGAUGGACUAUCUGGAGAACAGAUUAUUGGCUAUUGAGGAUCGCAUGCAGCUGUGGCACGACCAAACUCAUCGCUACCACACAGAACUGCUGGAUUUCAAAAAGCUCACUGCUGAGAGCAUGGACGGGCUGAAGCAGGAGCACAGCAUGCUGCUCAAAGACCUGGAAGGAGCCGCAGUACGAGUGGAGCGAGUGGAGCGAGAGAUGGACUACGUGGAGAGCCAGACUUCCCCCCGGGCCUGUGUUAAUAAGGCAGACAAGGUAGUGGAGCAGGGAGCCUGGGCUCUGGAGGAGAGCCGAGGAGAGGAAGAGGAGGAAGACGACUGGGAGGAGCUGCAGUCCACAGUCUCUGACUGCGUGGAAAUCAUCUCUAACAUCAGAUCAGUGAAGAUCCUGAAGAGAGUGGGCAGUCCGAAGGGUAUGUGGGUCAGAGAUCCCAGGUCGUCUAAGCUUUACGUCUUUAACGGGACAGCAGGAGACAUUAUCUACGAGUUUGACUCCGUGAGGGAGUUUUCCCGCUCUCCCGGAGUCACCAACAGCCGAAGGAUCAGUCUUCCUUCAGAAUGGACGGGGACAGGAAGUACUGUUUAUAACGGGUAUUUGUACUAUAUAAAGCAGGAGGCUGAAACAGACGUGCAGGUGGUCAAAUUUGACCUGCUGAGCGACUCGGUCACAGACUCCGCCAUGCUCCCUCUGGAAAGCCACGCUACUGUUUACAACCUCAACCCAGAGACCGUCGCUGACCUCACAGCAGACGACGAGGGCCUCUGGCUUCUGUACGCCAGCAGUGACAGCGAACCAAACAUCAGCCUCGCAAAGAUGGACCCUGCCACACUCGAUAUAGAACAAAUCUGGGACACCCGGUGCCCACGGGAGAACGCAGAGGCGGCUUUCGUAGUGUGCGGAACUGUCUAUGUCGUUUACAACACCCGCCUGGCCAGCCGCUCCCGGGUUCAGUGCGUGUUUGACGUCAACGACAUAGUGAUCAGCGAGGAGGCUCCUCUGCUCUACUUCCCCAGGAGGUACGGAGCCCACGCUAGUCUGAAAUACAACCCCGAGGAAAAACAGCUGUACGGCUGGGAUGAUGGCUACCAAAUCAUUUACAGACUGACCAUGAAGAGGAAGCUCCUGGUCUGA